GCCAGCGAAGUUUUACCUCCACAGGCGUUGCAGGUAUCAAAAGUGACAUUUUACCACUGAGUAAGGGCGUUUGGGUCAUAUUUCUCGAUGUUAUGUUAAUCAUGAGUUAAAGAAUCAGUAGCCUCUGGUCCCACCAAGAUGGCGUUCGCCGGAUUCAAGAAGCAGAUCAACAAAGCCAAUCAGUAUGUCACCGAGAAGAUGGGCGGUGCUGAGGGCACCAAGCUGGACGACGAGUUCACGGAAAUGGAGCGCAAAACGGACAUCACUUGCGAGCUGGUGGAAGAGCUGCAGAUUAAGACGAAGGAGUUCCUACACCCGAAUCCCGCGUCCCGGGCCAAAAUGUCCGCCGUAAAGGGCAUCUCCAAACUGUCGGGCCAGGCCAAGGCGGCCACCUACCCGCAGCCGGAGGGCGUGCUCGGCGAGUGCAUGGUGACCUUCGGACGCAAGCUGGACGAGGACGAGCCGUUCGCCCAGGCCAUGGUGGAGGCCGGUGAGGCCAUGAAGCAGAUCGCCGACAUCAAGUACUCCCUCGACGACAACAUGAAGCAAAGCUUCUUGGAGCCGCUCCACCAUCUGCAGUCCAAGGACCUCAAGGAAGUGAUGCACCACCGCAAGAAGCUGCAGGGGCGCCGCCUGGACUUUGACUGCAAACGUCGCAGGAGAGACCGUGGCCGCUCGGCGAGCCCCGCCCGAACGCCAGGGGCGCAGAUUCCGGACGAAGAGAUUCGCCUUGCCGAGGAGAAGUUCUCCGAGUCGCUCCACCUGGCUCAGAUGAGCAUGCACAACCUGCUGGAGAAUGACGUGGAGCAAAUCAGCCAGCUGGCCACGUUCGCCGAGUCGCUCCUCGACUACCACCGCCAGUGCAGCGACAUUCUGAGCACGCUGCAGGACACGCUGCUGGAGAAGAAGCAGGAGGCGGUGGCGCGGCCGCGGCCCGACUUCCAGCCGAAGACGCUGGCCGACUUGGGGAUCGCGAGCAGCGCCAUCUACCGGCCGGACGGCACCAAUGGCGGCCUGGGCGCCGGGCUCACCGGUACGCGAACGCCGCAGCACUCGCCGCUGCCGACUCCGGACUCGGUCAAGGGACUGGAGCCGCUGUUUCCCAGCGGCCAGCCGCCAGCGUCCCCUGCCGCGUCGCCGCUGCCGUCUCCGAUGCGCUCCCCGGCGCGAACGCCGAGCCGGACCGGACCCAGCGCCCAGGCGCUGUACGACUUUCAGCCCGAGAACGCCGGCGAGCUGGGCUUCAAGGAGGGAAACGUCAUCUCCCUGACGCAGCAGAUCGAUGAAAACUGGCUGGAGGGCACGCUGGACGGCCGCAGCGGCUACUUCCCGGUGUCCUACGUCACGGUGCUGGUGCCGCUAGCUCGCUAAGCGGCGGCACCGUCUGACCGCGGGGCGGCGCCACCGUCAUCUGAGCGCCGCUCGCCAAACGCCCUGCUCCAGACCAGUCUAGCGAUGCGUCUUUCGAUUAUGUUGUGGUCUGGCCGAUUUCGAACGGCGGUGGGUAGGAGAGGCGUUCGGCGAUGUUUUGGGAGCCACGUCUCGUGUGGGUGUGGCGUGCCUUUGGUUGCUUGACACCGUAUCAAAGUGUGGAUGAAAGCCUUUGCUCAGUUGACCCUGCUAUGAUUUUGCGGGAAACCCGUAAGUACAGAACUGUAGCUUCCCAUGACGCCGUGCUCCGCUUAUGAGUUGCCGUUUUUUUGGCACCGCUGCUACAUGUCGGAUCUUUAUCUCUGAGUUUAUGGAAGAUCCGAAUAAUUGUGUCUGAGGGGCAUUUCGAACCAUUUCCCAAGCUUAAAUCUACAAUAUAUCUAUGAGUGUUAACUGUUAGACUGUUCAAUGGAAGAACCGCUCUGGAAUGUGCUGUGCUGCUUGCGGUGCUUAUCUGUCGAUGACGUCCGCUCUCAUCGCCAUGUCUGCGGCGCUCUGCUGCGAGCGCAUCUUCGGAGCUUUGGUCCGGCGCCACCUCCCAGACUCUGUGGCAGUUUGUCUCUGGCUAGUCUGUGUACAUGUGUAUGCUUCAGCCCGCGUCUCGUACGUCUCCCCGUUGGUGAUUCAGAAUCUCGCGUCUAGUGUGCGCCGCUGCUGUCGCCGGGGGGCCUGCGUCGCCCACUUCUCUGCCUAGCCGUCUCUGUGUCGUCGGUCUCCUCGACAGACCCUGUCUCCGUCAGCUCGUCUCCUGGCGCAGCUGUCUGCUCGUCUCCCGACGGCUCUCUCCGUCUCUCUGUCUCUCUGUGUUGUCGCGUGCGUUCGCGCCUCUGCGCGCCCCGUAUUCCGAUUGGCUCCGUCGCCGGCGGCGGAGCCGAGCAGUCUCGUCGAUAUUCCACAGUGUGCUGGGCGUCGGUUGUGUCUGGGCGCCUGCCGCACGACACGCUCGCCGCUAGGGCGGUGUCCGAUGGCGCGCGCGCGCGCAGAGUCGUUUAACCUUGUCCAUGUCUGGCAAUACACUCCCCGAGACGGGCCCCGUG